AUGUUGCUUGUUGACUUGCUGAUGUUGCUCCUUUUGACCACCCCCGCGAUCUCCAACACAUCUCCACCUCUCCAACCCCAUUUCUCCUACCCGCGUCCUUACUCCGCAGAAUCCACCGUACGGGGAUGGGUCGACAAACGGGCUACUGGUUGGAGCAGAAACCAAUCCGGGACGUGGGAUGAAAGUGGGAGGCGCCGGACCGAAGACUCCUUGGCCCUUGGUGUUUGUGUUCCUGUAACCCUGUAUGGAUACAUCGUCUCAUGCCCGGACUUCCCUGUCAGCGCAUACGCAGUGAAGAGGAGACUAAACCAAGUCCAGCGCACUAAAUGUCUGCUCCCUGGUCUACACUCUAUUCGUACAGCCAGUCAUGGCAGUCUAACUCUACGGCCCACUAGCCUAAAUGCUGUGAUGGGGGAGACAACCAGAGACGCAUCUUCCAGCAAAUCACGCGCCUUGCUCGUUGCAAGGAGCGGUCCACAUUUCGGCAACGGAAACCACAACGAGAAUAGCCACAAUUCGGAGAGCCGCAUCUGGGAGGUAACCUGGGAGACAAGGUCAUCCAUCUUUUCAUCUCAUUACCUUUACGCCGCAUUCAAGCUUCCCCACAGCUCCCAUGUCAAGUUUAUGACUACCGGCCGCGACAAGCUCAAGGUCAUCACGUAUCCGAAGAUUACCACACACCCCCCAAGAUGCUUGCCGUAUCCCACCCUUUGCCGGAAGCCUCCAAUUGCACGACCUGGUCGGCUGAUCGCAAAACCGAAUAGGUUCCCCUCUCCCAAGAGCCAAGCCGUUCCUCUGCCGCCCCCGGCGGCCCAGCACCAUCGGGCUGCCCUCUCCGUCCCUUCUGAAUGGCGGAAAAAUCUCAUGGACAAUUCACCGUCCGUCUUGAUAGGAUUGCAGCAGGGGUUCUUUGGGUUCUGGACGGGCUGGGAAACGCACAGGAUCGAUUGCGACCAUGGCUCUCCGAACAGUUACUCCUCACCAGCACCUCCAAUCCCCUUUUCCUCAGGUGAGGGGUCCCCGGGUUUCCAUCCAUCUGGGGAAAAGACGAGGGUCCAGAUCAGCAAAAGAGGGAAAACACCAUUAGAGAUUUCCGAUAUAUCAGGGCAGGCUGCCCACACCCUCAAAUCGUCGCUUUCUUCUCUUCGUCGCUUCGUCUCCUCAUCCAGUCCUCAGCCCAUCACCCACCCCUCAUCACAUCUUGAGCUGAAUCACCUUGGCUCGAGAUUCAACCAUCACAGGGUGUCAAACCAACCGCCCAACAUGACGACGAUGCAAAAGAUUCUCAAGAAGAUCGUCCACAAUGAGUCCAUGGAGACGGACCCCGCAGAAAUCUACGGCUGGAGAGUCUUCGCGCUCGCCGCCUCCGCCUGCUUCGGCGCCAUGUCAUUCGGCUGGGAUAGCUCCGUCAUUGGUGGUGUCGUUGUCAUGGAGCCCUUUAAGAACGACUACGGACUCAAGGAUGCCAAGCCCGUGGAAACUGCCAACUUGACCGGUAACAUUGUGUCCACUCUCCAAGCCGGAUGCUUGGUCGGUGCUCUUCUCGCCUCUCCCAUGACAGACAGAUUCGGUCGCAAGUGGUGUCUUGUUACUGUCGCUGCCAUUAUCCUCGUCGGCGUUGUCCUCCAGGCUGUCUCUUCCGGUAGAAUCGCCGCCAUUUUCGUCGGUCGCUUCAUCGCAGGUCUCGGUGUCGGCGGUGCCUCUGCCAUCAACCCUCUCUACGUCUCCGAAAACGCGCCUCGUGCCAUUCGCGGUCUCCUCACUGGCAUGUACCAGCUAUUCAUCGUGACAGGAGGUAUGAUUGCCUUCUGGAUCAACUACGGCGCCGAGGUCAACUUGACGGGAAAGACCAUGUACAUCUUUCCUCUCGCCAUCCAGGGUCUGCCCAGUCUGCUGCUUCUCAUCUGCAUGCUCUUCUGCAACGAAUCUCCCAGAUGGCUGGCCCGCCAGGACAAGUGGGAAGAGGCCAAGAAGAUUCUCGCCACUCUGCGUAACUUGCCCGAGAACCACCCCUAUCUCGAAGAUGAGUUCCAGGAGAUUGUUGACCAGCUCCAACAUGAGAGACAGCUCAUUGGCAACGCCACCUUCAAGAACCUGCAAAAGGAGAUGUGGACCAUCAAGGGCAACCGCAACCGUGCUCUUAUCUCCAUCUUCCUCAUGAUCUGCCAGCAAAUGACGGGAACCAACGCCAUCAACACCUACGCCCCUAUGAUCUUCAAGAACCUCGGUGUCACCGGUCGCUCCACGCCUCUUCUGUCAACCGGCGUCUACGGAAUCGUCAAGGUUCUUGCCUGCAUCUGCUUCUUGCUCUUCAUGGCCGACUCUCUCGGCCGUCGUCGCUCGCUUCUCUGGACUUCAAUCGCCCAGGGCUGCUGCAUGUUCUACAUCGGUCUUUACGUCCGCAUCUCCCCACCCAUUGCCGGAGAGCCUGUGCCAGGUGCUGGCUACAUGGCCCUGGUCGCCAUCUUCCUGUUCGCCGCAUUCUUCCAGUUUGGCUGGGGUCCGGCCUGCUGGAUUUACGCCUCUGAAAUCCCGGCAGCUCGCCUUCGCUCCCAGAAUGUCGCUCUUGCUGCUGCUACCCAAUGGCUCUUCAACCUCAUCGUCGCCCGUACUGUCCCGAACAUGCUGGCUACUGUCGGUGCUCACGGAUACGGAACCUAUCUCAUCUUUGGAAGCUUCUGCUUCUCCAUGUUCUUCUUCGUCUGGUUCUUCGUCCCCGAGACCAAGGGUAUCUCCCUUGAGCACAUGGAUGCUCUGUUCGGUGUCACCGACUAUGACUCUGACAAGAAGUUGAACCACGACAACCUGAGCGAGACCAAGGGCUCCCCCGCCGAGAUUCAGGUUGAGUCUACCAACCCCGCCCACGCCCACGUCCGCAAGGAGUCGGCCUAG